AGUCUCUCUUCCCGUAAAAGGACCGGUGAAAGAGAAAGGAACUUCGCAGCCGGCACGUUUGCCGCUCUCCGUGUAUAUAUACAUAUAUAUAUACACUGUUUACUUAUGAUACAACCUAGACGCCUUUUUUGUUGUUUUUUCUGAUUGUCGCUUUCUAUGCCUUAAAAUAGAAACGUCAGCUUUCUCCUAGGAUAUGCCUUUCUAUCAAGACAGUGUUUUUGGCCCAUCCGAGCACUCGCAGCUACAGCAACCGUCCUCCGCCGCGUCGUCGCCGGUGCAAGAUCGGCGGUCGCCUCCGCAAAUGCAAGGCAACGACAACUCGGCCAAGCGGCCCUUCCGCAUGCCGCGUGAGGUGUUGUCCCCCGCCUCCUCGCCCAUCCCUAACAGUCCCACCUAUCACUCGUACCGUGACGACGAUGAUGUCGGUGGAAAAAAAGGCCGAGAAAUGGAGGCCGGUGUGGGCAAUGGCAACGCAGUAGCCGAUGAGCCUGUGUUCGACGAUGACGUGGAUGACCGCCCCACUCAUCGAGGCCAACGAAGAGACACGGAGAGUGGACGAAAGGGGCGAAGUACGGCAGGCCGACGACGAGGGCACCAGUCCGCGGAAAAGUACCUGAGCCUGCCGCGUGAUGCAGCGGUGUAUGACGAACAGGAGUCAGAGCGGCGUGACGGGCCUAUUCGAAAUGAACAACGGCAGCGCCGCCGUGAAGACGGGCUCGUCACGUCGCGGCCGCGUGCGUCACCACGCAAAGGCAGACCGUUGACUGCAGCGCCGUCCUACUCACCUGCUGGCCGCCGAGCAGCUGACGCAGCGGAAGACGAGGGCACGGCGAGUGACGAGGAAGAGGAAAACGAUCGUCCAGCGCGGAGACCGCGACAUCCGUCACGUCAGCAUGCACCUCCGCCUUCAUCGGAGUCCCGCAACAGCUCCUCGCAUUCCGCCUCUUCUGCCGAGUCCGCACCACACCGGCGGCGUGAUGGCGCCAACCCAAGGCGCUCGAAGGUCACGACGGGCAGCGAUCACGAAGACGGAGAAGACGACGACCGCGUGCUGAAGCGACGCUACAGCACAACACACGCCCACUCCAGCGCCGCACACGCAAAACCCUCACCUUCUCGCAAGGGGCGUCGGGGGCGUUCUCCGACCUCGCAGCCGCCUCCACCGCCGCCGGCCCCGCCGCUGUACUGCGAUCAGUGCGGCUACCCCCUUCCAGAGGAGAUGGAGGCGUACCUGCAGGAGACAUCAACGUACGAGUCCGUGCCGCGGCCACACUGUCCUGCGUGUGGCAGCCGCCUCCGCUUGUCGUUGCCGGACAACGCUGAGCGGGAGGGAGAGGAAGAAGAGGAAGGGGAGGACAAUGGUAGCCGCAGCAGACGCACACCACGGCCAGCCGCCACAGCGGCCGCAUCGCGGGUGCAGCCCCGUCGCUCCCCUGCGAAAAACCACGAAGAGGAGGUGAACCUCUACAGCGAUCCAGAGGGCACAGAAGACUCGAACGACGUCGCCACUGCAGGGCGGCAGCAACAGCAACAGCAGCCAGGCGGCGUGUCCCUCAAAGCACACGCCGCCCCUUCCCAGCAGGGGCCGGUGUUGAUUCCCAAAUCGCCGUACCUGACGUUAGAGUUUAUGCCGCGGAGUCUCGCCGCCGCCACCGUAAAAAAGCCAAAGGACCCGUGGCGACAAGGUCGUGCUUCGUCAGCGGAGGAGGACGCCGGCAUCCCCUGGGCCACACCCGGCUGCGAUGCCUGCAGCUGGCAGUGCGAAGUUGCCAUGGCGGGAGUGUGUUGCUGCUGUGCCAUGCCCUGCGUGCUGUUCCGCGAGCGUCAGCGGCUGCUCUUCCACGAAAUCGAAAGCCGCUAUAUUUGCUGCGCAGGCGCCUUUCCGUGCUGCGUGCCGCCGGCGGCGCUGCGGCCGGAGCUGUACUACACGGUGAGAACGGACUAUCUGGGUGCUCCGGCGCGUGCCUCUCAGCGACCUCAAUUCUGGGGAGAUGCCGUCGAGGUGUCACGGGAGAGCGCGAACGAGGGCGGUGAGAAGGACCUCUGUGACGCACAGGGACGGCGCCCCUCCGCCUCUCAGCCGGCCGCGCGUGUCGCUGCCUUUCGCUCCGCGACGGGCAUCGCGUCGCCUGCCUCUCUCGUGAACCCACGCACGGGAUUGCCUUUGGAGGGCUGUUAUCGCAACAUUCCUGUUAGUCGCGUGAAACAUGCCCUGUCGAACAAGACUGCGGACUUCACCGGCGACUACGGCUGCUGCGACUGCGUAACGUGCGAGAACCACACGUGUGUGUGGGACUGCGGUCGUGGGUGCUGUCUGUCCUGCACGCACCCCACCGCGCACUGUCUGGCCUUUCCUCUGUGUUGUCUGUGCUGCGAGCUGGCCUGCUGUAUGCCGUGCGCCUUGUGGGCGAAUCGACUGCUCAUUCGCCAGCACUACAACUUAGCUUCCGACCCGGGCAUCGACGGUGGGGCCGCGUGCUGCUACUCGUGCUGCUUAACAUGCUGCACGUGUGAAGCGGCCUCCGUCGUCUCACAGCACUACUCGGUGUCGCAGCAGCAGGAACACACCUCUCGCGUCCGGUCAACAGCGAAGCCGGCGGGGUAUCCUCCGGCACUCUCCUGCUGGUCGCAGCUCGCGUCGAGUGUGGCGGCGUGCCUGGCGGCUGUGUGUUGUCUCUGCCCGUGCGCUGCUUGCAGUUUAGCGCAGCAGCGGGAUCAAAUGAAGCGGCUGGGCUUCCCGCUGGUGGUGGAGGUGCCACCCGAGAUGGAGAUGAUGUGA